UGGAAGGUGUGGAGAUACACAUCUGGCAGUUUGAAGCUUUCCCAGUGUGGGAACGGCUGGGGCAGCCAGACGUCCUCCGCCUGCAUCAUCAGCUCAGCCAAACUGUCCGACAGCAGCGUUUACUGGUGUGAGUCCAAACACAGAGAGAGAAGCAGCACUGUUAACAUCACUGUCACAGGUGGAUCAGUGAUCCUGCAGAGUCCUGUCCUCCCUGUGAUGGAGGGAGAUGAUGUCACUCUGCACUGUAAAACAAAGACCUCCAACCUCCCAGCUGAUUUCUAUAAAGAUGGCUCCCUCAUCAACACUGAACCUGCAGAUAACAUAACCAUCCGCCAUGUUUCCAAGUCUACUGAAGGCUUCUACAAGUGUAACAGCAGCAGUCAUGGAGAGUCUCCAUCCAGCUGGAUCUCUGUCACAGGGAACUCAGUCCGGGUCAAUCUCACAGUGUCUCCUGACUCAUCUCAGCACUUUGAGUACCGCAGUCUGAAUCUGAGCUGUGGUGAGAACAGCAGCUUCACUGGAUGGAAUGUCCGAAGGUUCAUCGAUAAGAAAGCGAUUACCAGCUGUGGAGAUGACUGGGGGAGUCCAACUAGCUUCGGCUGUAAGAUCCAGACCGCCAAGAGGCCCGACACCGGCAUCUACUGGUGCGAAACUGAUGCAAAGCAGCUCAGCAACUCUGUCAGCAUCACUGUUCACGGUAGGAAUGAAUCAGUGAUCCUGCAGAGUCCUGUCCUCCCUGUGAUGGAGGGAGAUGAUGUCACUCUGCACUGUAAAACAAAGACCUCCAACCUCCCAGCUGAUUUCUAUAAAGAUGGCUCCCUCAUCAGGACUGAAUCUGCAGGUCACAUGACCAUCCACCAUGUUUCCAAGUCUGAUGAAGGCCUCUACAAGUGUAACAGCAGUAGUCAUGGAGAGUCUCCAUCCAGCUGGCUGUUUGUCAGAGAUUUGCCUCCAGCUGAAACUGAACCUGCUCGUGACUCUCUGCUGAGAAUCAUCCGACACGUAGUGAAGUUCGGCACAUUCUCCAUCACCACUGUCCUCAUGGUGUUUUCAUUUCUACACAAACCAAGAGCUCCCUCUGCAAAAAGAGGACCAGCUGACCAACAACAACAGGCCGUCUCCGUGGCAACGGCCCCGUCCCUGCCCACCGGGGAAGAUGACGUCACCACCGAGCAUCAUUUCUAA